AUGGAACCCAACGUAUCCGUGGGUGCAGGACAGAGAGGAGGGGAGGUGGAACAGGCGUCUCCGGUGGCGGCGGAGAGGUUGGACUCUCUUGUGACUUUAUACAUCCAGCCGACGACGGGAGGCGAACACGAACUCGUACUGAAAAGUGGAGACUGCGUGCAAUUGAUGAAGCAGGUCGUUGCAAAGCAACUAAAAAUAACCAAAGACAAACUGAGCUUGUUGUACAAAGACAAACUGCUCACCAGUGGGUCCAUCGUUGACAACGGCAUUAUGAGCGGAUCUCGCAUUACUGCCGUGCCAAACGUCGAGUCGGGCCUCGUCGUGGAUGAUUUCCUCUCCGGGAAAGCUCCCCUCACCUUAUCCUGGCGCUACGACGAUUACCUGAUGUUCGUGCAGCUCCACCUGUCGUCGUCGCCACCUGGUGGCAGGAAGAAGAAACUAUGUCCAUCGUCUUUGCUCUCCUCGUUGCGAAAGCGAGCGUCUAACUGCUCCUCUUCAGAAUCUUCGUCGUCCUCGUCAUCUUCUUCUUCUUCCUCUUCUGCUUCCGAUGGCCAUUCCUCCUUGCGUUUCUCCCCAUCGUCGUCGUCGUCGUCGAUUCCGUUGCCGGCAUCGCUUCCGAAACUCGUCGCGGAACGGUCAUCGUCGCCUCCGCCCGGCAAGCGCCGCCGCCUCCUGCCGCCCUGCGCGCCGGCGCCCUCUGUAGGCGUGUGCGUGUCGACGCAGACGACAGUGGCCGACGGAGGAGGAGGAGGAGGAGGAGGAGAGAAGGAAGAGGAGCUGGCGACGGAGAAGCCGUUGCUCGAUGUCGAGGCGUUGGAGGUGGCGAGUCGUAAUCUGACGCGACAGCUGAAGCAGAUGGCGCAGUCGGGCCAGCGGCCGUCCGCGGCUUCCGAGUCGACGUUCGUGUCGGCGCAGACGCCCACCUGUGCGAUGCUGGACAGUCUCGCUAGUCAUGGCAAGGGCAUCUACUCAGGAACGUUCUCAGGUUCGUGCGCGUGCGAAGCCUCACCCGACGCCUGA